AGGCAGCAGACGGGGAGCGAGGGGAGACACUUUCUCCCUUUUCUUCCGAGACUCAAAUCCGGACUAAUCCUUCCCGACCUCGACCUCGACCUCGUAUAGUCCUGGUUCCCUUCCUUCAUUGACCUCGGUCUUGGCUUUUCAGAUGGAAAAUAGAUUUGCUGAGGAACUUUACUCGGAAAGUUUGCUACUUUCAAGAUCGGAACUAACACCUAGUGCCAGGAAUCAACAAAAUAAUUCAAACGAUAGUGAUGGCUAUGAUUUGAGCCAUGAAGACGGGUCUCUGUCAGAUGGUUUGGUUGAGGAGUUAGAUAAAUCAUCAGAAUUGGACAGGGAAUGGCAGAGGCGGCAUGACCAAUUCCAUGCUUUUGGAUAUCGUGAUGGUAUCGCGGCUGGGAAGGAAGCUUCUUCACAGGAGGGAUUUAAUAUCGGUUUUAAACAAUCAGUCCUUGCUGGUUACAGAUGGGGACUUGUGAGAGGUGUUACCAGCGCGUUUGCUUACCUUCCAGAAGAAUUGAAAGAAAAAUUAGUGGAGGCACAUGAUAAGAGAAAUGAAUUACAAAGGUUUUAUGAAUCUGUGCAUUUGCUGUCAACAAAUGAUGCUCUUAAAUCGUUUCAUGAAGAUUUCAUGGUCAAAGGAACUUCAGAACCAGGGAAGAAUGUGGAAAUGGUUCAGAACAAAACUGAUUUGCAGGAGCAAACAUCAGAUUGCUCUCAGCUUGGGAGUUACCUUGGACAACUUAGAUCUCUUAUUCCUGAAAAUUCUGCAAUUGAGAUGCAUUUACCUGAACCCAAAUAGAUGGCUGUCUACCUUCCUAGAUGAACAGUCUAGACCAGAAUGCAUUUGCCUGAAAAUGCUUGAAUUUAGCCUCCAAUAGGAUUAGAUACCAGAUAGUUAUAUAAGGAAAAAAUUGUUUAUUCUAGAUUUCUACUUCAUCUUCUGCUCUUUGGGGAGAGAGAUGUAUUUUAUCGUUUAUUGAAUAUUACAUUUGAGCUCAAGAAUGGAAUCAGCAUUUCUAUAUGCUCUGCCUCUAAAUGUAUUUGAAAUUUUUGUUUUUGGGUCAAACUAAAUGUAUUUGAAAUUAAA